AGCAGUUCUUAUUACCUCGGCGUUCGAAUCGUACACACACGCACACACACCCGACCCUUUGACUCCUCCUACCGCGCAACCCGGAAACGACCGGUCUCAGUCCACCCCGAAGCCGACGCCGUUUAUCGGCUCGGGAACAUUGACAUCCUGGCCCUAUUAGCCUGGAAUGGAGUUGUUCGCCCGUGAGCCGAAUUCGCCUACGCAAAUCAAGACCCCGACCUCGACCCCGACUGCACCGCCUCGACUCGACACCGCCUUCAAGCCCACCACCCGGCCGUAUCCCUCUCCUAUACACAGCAGUAUGCAUUUUGGUACCUCACAUCAAGCCAUGACCGGCAUGGCUGCCAUGUCCCCGAACGGGACAGGAGCCGCGCUUUCGGGAUUGCACAGCGGAAGUGUGUCCCCUCGCACCGUCACAGCGCCCAAGGCAGUUCAAUUCGUUCUCGUAUUUCAACAUCCACCAUACGAAGGACGCCUGCCUCUCCGCGUAUCUAUCUACCCUCAUGAUACCACCGACUCCAUCAUCACAACGGUCAAAAACUUCUAUGGCCUCUACUCGGGGCCAGGCAUUUCUAUGGGAGUCAGUUUCGAAGACGAGGAGGGAAAUACCCUCAUCGCGCGAUACGAGAACUUCAAGGGCAACAUGAUAGUACGCGUGCGUGUCAUUGACGAGCCUCUUGGGCCCGACUACCACGCUGCUUUCGGCGGUGCGCAGGGCCACCCCAACGCCACCGGUUACCCAAUCCAGGGGACCCAGCACCUAGACAGCCACGCACCCCGCCCCACGUCCAGGACAUCACGCAUGCGUAGCCCGUCUCCAAACAGUGGACGUGGGCGCCGCAGCAAUUCGACAGGUGCUAACCCCAUCGCCGGUAAGAAGGGGCGGUCCCGCUCGUCCAAGAACCGCACCCAAACGAACGGGGACGGACAUGGGGAGAGCUUCAGUGGCUACAGCAGUGGCGACGGUGCCGCCUCGUCCAGCCGAUCCAAAGAGCAGCUAGGCAAUACGGAUAUCAGCGUCGAGAACAUCGUCGAAGGUGGCCGUCGCAAGCGUACCAAGUUUGAGAGCUCGGAAUUGCCUCUCUUUGCUCCUCCCCAAAUGCCGGCCGCGACGUCAAAUCCUUCCGUUUCGCCAGCUCGUCGGGCAGACUCUCAUCGAGGGCCGCUACCAUUCCUCCAACCUGGACAGAAUCCCUUCAGCAACCCUCACCCGCUCCAUUCCCCGCAGGCAUACAUCAACGGGUUUCCGCACUCCGGCAUGUACGCCACUCCCAGCAGUGACAACCGCCGAAGUCGUGGAAGUUUUGGGUUUCAGCCCGGACAGGGAGAUGAUUCAGUGAUGCCGACGCCCGAACCUACCGUGCGCAGCGCCGUGUCCGAGGAAGACAAGGACGUUGCCAUGCAAUUGAUGCGGAUGUCGACGCACGGCCGGGCGUCCGGGUCGACCCAGGAUGACACCUGCAGCGGGAAAGCCGAUGCGGCAUCCUCCACGGGCGCGACUAGUGAUGCCGAUAGCUGUGUCGAGGAUGACGUGCCCGCCGCACGGAAACAAAACCUAGACGCUUCCGGCAGCCACAAGCACGUCUUUAGCGCCGCCGAAACCCGUUUCGCCGGUCCAGGGGACAAUGCCGACACCAGUGGCGAGGACGCCUACAGCUCGGAUAGUGCUGAUAACGGGUCGAUGGCCGCACCCACCGGAAAGGGUGGUAAACUCAAGGCCAACACGUUAGUCGGUUCCAAACCUCGCCCGCAAUCGUCACACAAGGCCAAGCCCCCCAAGCUGGCUAAGCCGAAAGCGAAGAAGCCAUCGAGCAUUGUCGGCCCCAUGACUCCGGCUUCGCUCCCCGCAUCCCGGAAGCCAUCGCUUACCUCGAACCCGGCCUUUCCUUUGGCCCCUGGCGAGGAGGAGCAGCCCGACCUCUCAACGAAGCCACGGUGCCAGCGUUGCCGCAAGAGCAAAAAGGGAUGCGACAGGCAACGCCCCUGCGGCAGGUGCCGGGAUGCUGGCAUUCCUGCGGAGCUCUGCAUUAGUGAAGACGAGGGAAACGGGCGCAAGGGCCGGUACGGUCGGCAUAUGGGCGUCCCCGUCAAGAACGACAUGCCACCCCCGGCUACAAACUUAUUACCCGCCGCUCCGAUCGCUCCUAAUGCGCUUGCGUUCGCAAUGUCGGCGCCUAGUCUUCUCGACAAGAAUAAGAAACGGAAGCGGUAGGCGGGCGGCGACGGCUGCCGCUCUCGGGUUGGACGGCGCUGGUAACACUAAUCGGCUACCGCACCCCUCCCCCCAUUGGGUUUCAGGAACGCAAGCUUCCUUUCUCUGAUUGAAAAGGUCGGCUUUUCUCCUCAAGACCGCCCAUUGUCCAAUUCCAGCAAGAUUACGCUUGGAACUAGGGCC